CAGCGCCGGGACGCUGCUAUGGACGACAUUUUCACUCAGUGCCGGGAGGGCAACGCGGUGGCCGUUCGCCUGUGGCUGGACAACACGGAGAACGACCUCAACCAGGGGGAUGAUCAUGGCUUCUCCCCCUUGCACUGGGCCUGCCGAGAGGGCCGUUCAGCUGUGGUUGAGAUGCUGAUCAUGCGGGGGGCACGAAUCAAUGUGAUGAACCGUGGGGAUGACACCCCCCUGCACCUGGCAGCCAGUCAUGGACACCGUGAUAUUGUGCAGAAGCUCUUGCAGUAUAAAGCUGACAUCAAUGCAGUGAAUGAGCAUGGAAACGUGCCCCUGCACUAUGCCUGUUUUUGGGGCCAAGAUCAGGUUGCAGAGGACCUGGUGGCUAAUGGGGCUCUUGUCAGCAUUUGUAACAAGUAUGGAGAGAUGCCUGUGGACAAAGCCAAGGCACCCCUGAGAGAGCUCCUCCGAGAGCGGGCAGAGAAGAUGGGCCAGAACCUUAACCGUAUUCCAUACAAGGACACUUUCUGGAAGGGAACCACCCGCACUCGGCCCCGAAAUGGGACUCUGAACAAACACUCCGGCAUUGACUAUAAACAGCUCAACUUUUUGGCAAAGCUCAACGAGAAUCACUCUGGAGAGCUAUGGAAGGGCCGUUGGCAGGGCAAUGACAUCGUCGUGAAGGUGCUAAAGGUUCGAGACUGGAGUACAAGGAAGAGCAGGGACUUCAACGAGGAGUGUCCCCGUCUCAGGAUUUUCUCGCAUCCAAAUGUGCUCCCAGUGCUAGGUGCCUGUCAGUCUCCACCUGCUCCUCACCCCACCCUCAUCACACACUGGAUGCCAUAUGGAUCCCUGUACAAUGUAUUACAUGAAGGCACCAAUUUUGUUGUGGACCAGAGCCAGGCUGUGAAGUUCGCGUUGGACAUGGCAAGGGGCAUGGCCUUCCUACACACAUUAGAGCCCCUCAUCCCACGACAUGCACUCAAUAGCCGUAGUGUAAUGAUUGAUGAGGACAUGACUGCCCGAAUCAGCAUGGCCGACGUCAAGUUCUCCUUCCAAUGCCCUGGGCGCAUGUAUGCACCUGCCUGGGUGGCCCCUGAAGCACUGCAGAAGAAGCCUGAAGAUACAAACAGACGCUCAGCAGACAUGUGGAGUUUUGCAGUGCUUCUGUGGGAACUGGUGACACGGGAGGUACCCUUUGCUGACCUCUCCAACAUGGAGAUUGGAAUGAAGGUGGCACUGGAAGGCCUUCGGCCUACUAUCCCACCAGGCAUUUCCCCCCAUGUGUGUAAGCUCAUGAAGAUCUGCAUGAAUGAAGACCCUGCUAAGCGGCCUAAAUUUGACAUGAUUGUGCCUAUCCUGGAGAAGAUGCAGGACAAGUAGAGCUGGAAAGCCCUUGCCUAAACUCCAGAGAUGUCAGGACAUGGUUAGGGGAGUAUGUCUCCCCAAAGCAGCAGGCUUCUGGUUGCCUCCCCUGCUUCCAGUCAUGGUACUACCCCAGCCAUGGGGCCCAUCCCCUGCCCCCAUCCCUACCACUGCAGCCCCCAAAGGGGCUAGGCUCAGAGCUUUGUCACUUGCCACACGGUAUCUCCCAGCAUGGGAGGGACCAGCCCUGCCUGUCACAAUAAAGUUUAUUAUGAAAACA